CUGAAAAAAAAUCACUUCUUUGUUGAUUGUUGCUUUACUCGUUUACUGCAUGCGUCAUUGCUUAUUCAGCCUUGAUCUUGUCUAGUGAGCUAGUACAGAUAUUCAUUUUUUGUUAAAAUAUUGCAACUAAUACGAAAUGGGUUGUUGUCGUUGCUGUUGUCUGCUUACAUUUGUGGCUGUUCUUAUCAUUGCUGGCUCCAUGGGCCUCUUCACAGCCUUCUUUCCUUAUCCUUCUCAUGCCUCAUGCUCAGUGAAGUGGGAAUUUGGAGAAGUUUGCCCUUCCGUUGAAGAUCGGCUGGUGACGCAGAUCAAAGAGUGGAGCCACAAAGACUGCACUGCAAAGCAGCGCUGUGGCUAUGAGUUCCUGGGUCGUGAUACUGAUGUCAUAAGAGGAACACACACCACGCCUUUUCUGAGCUUCAGGGAUUCAUUUAAUUUCACUUUUGCUACCUCAAAGAAUGGCUGUACUGUUCAAGGCAAUAGUUACUCUGAAGCUUGGUAUGCUGUCAUUGAUUUCGGUGUGAACUACUGCAACCUGAAGAAUCUGGUUAUGGGGGCCCAGCUAGAUGAACAAGAUCCUUACUACACUGAGACCUCAAACAACACCGUGUGCACCAUGUACAGCCUUGCUCAUUGUAACCUCUACACGUGAUCUUUCAAGCAACUUUCAGAAACAUAUCCUGCACUAUGUAGUCUACAAGCAAACUACCAUGAGGCUUUCAGCAAAAUUCUCUGCACUAUCUAUUCUCUACACUUCUUCAACCUGGAUGCUUCUGGCAACCUUGUGUUCAUUAUAUAUAUAAUCUACUUGGGGACUUCUGGCAACAUCCUUUGCCCUCUGCAUUACAUUACUCAACGUAAUCUCAAUGUGUAGUCAAUGCUGCAUAUUGCUUCUCUUUAUAUUUCCUGGUCUCCAAGUUGAUUUUACCUGAUGCUAUCUUGUCUCAAAUUGGACGUUAAUUGCUUUAAUUAAGCUUAUGUAUCCUAUUAGCAAAUAAUUUGCAUGUUUUUUUCGCUAAACUACUGUCUAACUGAUCAAAGACUUUCUGCGAUCAGUUGUGUGUUCAGUUUAACUGCUUGAUUACUCAAUCCAAUAACGUCAUACUCUUCCAGUCUCAAACUUAGUGACAAUAAUGUCAAUGACUUCGCACAAAAGGCUACCUGCUCCAAUUUCCUCCCAUCAAUCUGUGAUGUCUUCCACAAUAAUUGCAUGUUAAUGUUUGUAGUAGAAGUACACUUGUAGUAGUAGUAGUAGUUGUAGUACUUGAACUUUAGCAGAGUUUAACUUGUUCAAGCUAUAAAUAAUUUCACUAUAUCAUGUAUCAAUAGAUGUAAGAGUUGGGACCGAUGUUUUGGUUGAAAGUUGGGACUUCAUACUAUUCAAGUUUCAACUUUUUUGUAGUUCAAACUAGAACUCCUUGUCGUUUUCGUUAUUUUCUAGAUUUCGGUCGUUUCGUUCUAUCUUUUAACCAAGGCAGUCCAAGGCUCAUCAAUGAAUAGAGUUUCAUUCAGGACUAGUGUAGUCAUUAAGGUCUCAAUGCCUUUCUCACAAUAUAUUCGUCAUAUCAAUACCUUUUAAAUAAUCACAAAGUAAUAAUUAGCUGCUAAUGAAUUUCUCAAGAACGUUGUCUCGACCGAUGACGCAAUUCUGUGUGAAGUCAACGCUGCUCUGAUGUCAUCUCUUGCAGAUGUACCUGAAUCAAUGUAUUGACUCGUCCAGGAUUCUUUUACGUAUGUGUAGAAAUAUUAUUAUGCCCUUGAAAUAAUACGAUCGUGUGCAAUAGUACUCUUAGAAAUGCUCCAACUCUACUGCUGCAUGCUCGCAUUGCUGUGAAUAGUUAUUUUUAUA